GGGGCGGAACCCAAUGCACAUACUUGUGUCAGCACUCCCUCAGCACAGCACCAGGCGGCUUCUCCUGUAGGAAUCUAUCCGGAUACUUUCCAAGCUGUGUCCUAACACUACCGAGGCAAUCGAUUUGUUUUUCUUUCAGGAGAUAUGAGUUUUGUGAGAGUGAGCAAAUAUCGUCACGUCUUUGGCCAGACGGUGAAGAAUGACCAAUGCUAUGAUGAUAUCCGAGUAUCCAGGGUCACAUGGGACAGUCAUUUCUGUGCUAUCAACCCUAAAUUUGUUGCUAUAAUCGUUGAGGCUAGUGGUGGUGGAGCCUUUCUUGUUAUUCCUCUGCACAGGACAGGAAGAAUUGACAGUUCACAUCCCACGGUGUGUGGACACAAAGGCCCAGUGUUAGACAUUGCUUGGUGUCCCCACAAUGAUAACAUUAUUGCAAGUAGCUCUGAUGACUGCAGCAUCAAGAUAUGGGAAAUUCCAGAAAAUGGGUUGCUCUCACCUCUAGAAGAACCUCUUCUGGAACUGGAUUACCACUCCAAGAAAGUGGGCAUAAUCUCAUGGCACCCGGUAGCAAGUAACAUUCUUCUGAGUGCAGGUUGCGACAACAUCAUUGUUAUCUGGAACUUGGACACACAGGAGGCGCAGAUUGAGUUGGACAUGCACCCUGAUCUCAUUUACAAUGUUUGCUGGAACUUCAAUGGUAGCCUUAUUUGCACUGCCUGCAAAGAUAAGACUGUGCGUGUUAUUGACCCUCGCGAAAACAAGAUUAUUGCUGAAAAAGAGAAGGCCCAUGAAGGCGUUCGGCCGAUGCGAGCCAUUUUUCUGAAAGAUGAUAAGGUGCUCACCACUGGCUUCAGUCGCAUGAGUGAAAGACAUGUGGCUCUAUGGGACAAGGAUAACAUGGAAGAACCCUUGGCAACACUGGAGUUGGAUGUGGCUAGUGGAGUGCUUUUGCCUUAUUAUGACCCAGACAGUAACAUAGUUUACCUUUAUGGAAAGGGCGAUACCGUGAUUCGCUACUAUGAAUAUACCAAUGAGGAGCCAUAUGUUCAUUAUAUCAGCACUUUCUCAUCAGCUUCCACCCAGAGAGGCAUGGGCUUUAUGCCAAAAAGAGGGCUCAAUGUCAGUAAAUGUGAAAUAGCCCGAUUUUAUAAACUCAGUGAAAGAAAGUGUGAACCGAUUGUAAUGACUGUUCCAAGAAAGUCUGACCUUUUCCAGGAAGACUUGUAUCCAGACACAGCUGGACCAGAACCUGCUCUGGAAGCAGCUGAGUGGUUUGAGGGCAAAAAUGCAGAUCCCAUCUUUAUCUCACUUAAGCCUGAAAAUGUCCCAACAAAGAACCAGGAAGUUAAAGGAUUGAAGAAGACCAUUUUGGCCAACAGAGUGGCCAAGAAAAAGGAGAAUUCAAGCAGUGCCAAUCAGAGUGUUGCAUCAUCAUCAUCGGAUACUUCUGAAGUUCUGAAGUUGCAGGAGAUGGUGCAGGAGAUCAAGACUCUUACGGAGCUGGUCAGCAAUCAGGAGAAGCGAAUCAGCCAGCUCGAAGAGAAAAUAGCUGAAAUCACAAAAUAAACCAUGCAGUUUUGGCGCUCAUGCUUUCCUUUGCCAAGACAACUUUUUGUAAAACAUAUUUUUGUACAGCCAUGUCUUGCACCUUUCUUAUUGAGUCAGAAGACCAAAACAAUUUCAGUGUCAAAUGUUUCCAUUAAUUUUAAACACCUGAACACUAGUUAUGCCUGAAGCCAACUCAGCUAUUCUUUUAAAAGAAGAUAGUAUAUACUGUAUAUGUUGGCUCCACAUUUUUCCUUUUUUCUUUUUGAAAACUUAACAUUCCAAAUCAUUAGUUCAAAUCCUGUAAGGCUUCUCUGGUUUUAUUCCAUAAUGAUGUUGGAUGUCUUAAAAGUUACAGUAUCAGGUAAAAGUCCAAUAUGACUUGACAUGAAGACCUCAAUUGUCUAAUCGUGUGCCUCAUGCCUUAUCUACUUAUAUUGUAUUGGGGUUUUAUAUUAACUGUUGACUGCUUCUUCAGUGAAUUGUUGGGUUGUUCCUCCUUGAACUUAUUUUAAUACCAUUUACUUUGCUUAAACCAUUCCCUCUUAGUGAUGAUAUUCAGUCUUAGCUCUUGUAUUCAGUUGGCACAUACUAACUCUGUUGGUCAAAUUUUUUGACUAGUUUCUGGGGGGACUGGGGGGGACAGUCUGUUAUUUGACUUUACUUCAUGAGACUGCUGUAAAGACCAAAGAGUGCCAUUCUUGUGGCCAUGGAAGUGUUUUUGAUGGCUGUGUGAACAAAUGUGUUUUUUAGAGUGAAGGUGGCCUGCUGCCCACAUGUACCUGUUGAGGGGCAAGCUGUUGAGUCUCUUUAGCCAUCAUGGCUGCAAUUCUCAAAGUUAACGUUUUACUUCAAUUAAUGAGAUCUAUGGAGAGCCUUAGAUUUGUACCUGUUAUGUCCAUAAGACUGAUGCUCUUAAUUUGUUGUACUGAUGGCCCAGUUUGAUUAGUAGAAAUGCAAAGGGACUUUGUAGGUUGUGAGGAGUGAAUUUGACAUGUAUGUACCAAGGGUGUGGGAAAUGGAGCAAAUGCUGUGUAAACAAAUAUCUGUAUUUUUGUUCUGUGUUUGUCUGUUUGGGAGCUGGGUUAUAAUUUUUAUAUUGUUGCUUCAAAAACAAAAAUAAAUGGAUAAAUCAU